CGACUUCGUAGAACUGUCAAAUUCCCACAUCCACUGAACUCGUGAACUUCCGGCAUCUUGUCUUCUGUAGUUUUCUUUUUGCCCUAGACAACCAAGAUGGCUCGCGGACCGAAGAAACAUUUGAAGCGUCUUAAUGCCCCACGGGGAUGGAUGUUGGACAAGACCGGGGGAACCUUUGCCCCUCGUCCGUCCACCGGCCCACACAAGCUGCGGGAAUCGUUGCCGCUGGUGAUUUUCCUGCGUAAUCGCUUGAAGUAUGCACUAACAAACAAUGAAGUGACAAGAAUUGUCAUGCAGCGUCACAUUAAAAUCGACGGCAAAGUUCGUACCGAUCCUAACUAUCCAGCAGGAUUCAUGGAUGUCAUUACCAUUGACAAGACCAGCGAGAACUUCCGUCUGAUCUAUGACGUGAAAGGCCGUUUCACUGUACAUCGCAUCACUCCAGAGGAAGCCAAGUACAAGCUUCUGAAGGUGAAACGCGUCCAGAUUGGACCAAAGAAGGUUCCAUAUAUCUUGACCCAUGACGGCCGCACCAUCCGCUAUCCGGAUCCAAUCAUCCACCAGAACGACUCCAUCCAGUAUGAUAUCGCCACUGGUAAGGUGAUGGAGGUGCUGAAGUUUGAACCCGGCAAUCUGUGUAUGAUCACUGGCGGAAGGAAUUUGGGUCGUUGCGGUACUGUGAUCCAGCGUGAGAAACACCCGGGAUCCUUCGAAAUUGUUCACGUUAAGGACUCCACCGGUCACGUUUUCGCCACUCGUUUGACGAAUGUUUUCAUUAUUGGCCGAAGCACUAAGGCCUUCAUCUCACUGCCAAAGGGCAAGGGUGUGAAGCUGUCGAUCGCCGAGGAACGCGACAGACGAUUGGCAAGCAAGGCUGCGCACUAAGAGAAAGCUGUUUGGUCUUCGAAGGUACAUUUCUUGCAAAUACUGGAAAUAAACAUAGGAAAAGUCUGAAAGAA